CGAGAGGGGGAGACAGACUCGAGUGGAGAACGGCCGCUCGUGCUGCUGGAGCUUCUCAGGGACUAUCAACAGGGAGUGCAAGCGACGACAGAGCUAAGGGCUGGGGGUAUGAAAGCCGUCAGAAUCCGCUCCCAUCCUUCUCAGCCCAGCCCGUUAUCCGACUGACAACCAUCGGAUCAGAACCUCCACCGAAGCAGCUCUCGGACGAACCCAAUAUCAGUGACAACUUGCAACCAUGGAGCUGAGAGUGGGGAACAAGUACCGGCUCGGGCGAAAGAUAGGGAGUGGUUCUUUUGGAGACAUUUAUCUUGGUGCCAACAUUGCCACUGGUGAGGAGGUAGCCAUCAAGCUUGAAUGUGUCAAAACCAAACACCCGCAAUUGCACAUUGAAAGCAAAUUCUACAAGAUGAUGCAAGGAGGAGUGGGUAUUCCAUCGAUAAAGUGGUGUGGUGCAGAGGGAGAUUACAAUGUGAUGGUUAUGGAACUGCUCGGUCCUAGUCUGGAGGACCUUUUCAACUUUUGCUCCCGGAAGUUCAGCCUAAAGACUGUCCUGCUUUUGGCAGACCAGAUGAUUAGUCGCAUUGAGUACAUCCACUCCAAGAAUUUCAUCCAUCGGGAUGUGAAGCCUGACAACUUCCUAAUGGGACUCGGCAAGAAGGGUAACCUGGUGUACAUCAUUGACUUUGGCCUGGCCAAAAAAUACCGUGAUGCCCGGACACACCAGCACAUCCCUUACAGGGAGAACAAGAACCUGACUGGCACAGCACGCUACGCCUCCAUCAACACACAUCUUGGAAUUGAGCAGUCCAGACGUGAUGACCUGGAGUCUCUCGGCUAUGUCCUCAUGUACUUCAACCUGGGCUCCCUCCCCUGGCAGGGCCUCAAGGCGGCGACCAAGAGACAGAAGUAUGAACGAAUCAGUGAGAAGAAAAUGUCAACACCCAUCGAGGUUCUUUGCAAAGGUUACCCUUCUGAGUUCUCUACAUACCUGAAUUUUUGCCGUUCGCUUCGUUUUGAUGACAAACCAGACUACUCCUACCUACGACAGCUCUUCAGGAAUCUUUUCCACCGACAGGGCUUCUCCUACGAUUAUGUCUUUGACUGGAACAUGCUCAAAUUUGGUGCCAGUCGGACAGCAGAGGAUGGAGAUCGGGAGAGGAGGACGGGAGAUGAGAGGGAUGACCGGAUCGGAGGAGCCCCCAGGGGGUCUGCAUCGCGAGGCCUGCCCCCAGGUCCCAACCCUGGAGCUCCCAACAGAGUCAGGAACGGGCCAGAGCAGGCCAUCUCUAACCCUGCCUCACGGGUCCAGCAGUCUGGGAACACGUCGCCACGUGCAAUUUCCCGUGCAGAGAGGGAGAGGAAAGUGAGCAUGCGGCUUCACCGUGGGGCUCCUGCCAACGUAUCGUCCUCUGACCUCACAGCCCGUCACGACCAAUCCAGAAUUUCCACAUCGCAGGUUAGCGUGCCAUUUGAGCACAUGGGGAAGUAGAAAUCUUUGGCUCUGCAUGCACAUGAAACUGACAGGGCUGCAAGGUAUGUUCAUCGCUUCGGUUUAUUUUCCUUUAUGUUUUUUUUUUUUUACCUUGUCUUAUUACAAGAUGAUUGCCAAUGGACACAUGGAUCUUUGGAGAGGGACGGUAAAUUCCAGGGCUCCAGGGAAGUACAUGACAGCAUCCAACAUGCACUCUCUCGUUCAUGAACCCUCUUUGCUGAACCCUGGAUCACCACCACCACAAUACAGAAAGCAAAUGAAUGACAGUGCUACACCAUUGUUGCUCCAUGGUUGCUCAUACCUGCUCUCCUCUUCCUUGAAGCAUUCCCUCAGUACCUUCUGUCUGACAAAAUGUGAAAGAACUGUUGACAUCGAAGAAGCAAAAAGGUAUCGGGGAACACACGCAUGUUUCUCAUCAAAGGUCAACUUCGUGGUCAACUUUGUGAUUGGUAGAGACUUAGUAAAGAUUUAACUUUUUCAGUUUUAACACAUCAAAAUCAGCUUUUCAGUGAAUGGCCGUGUCUUUUGUCUUUCACGAGGACAUCUUAAAUUGGAACUUAUGAGUUUCCUUUCUCUGCAUUUUUGAAGGAAGUAACAGCUAAAAGAUGAAGAGGUAGGUGGGUGAGAGAUAGGUGAGAGGGUAGUGGGUUAAAAAGAAAGGCAACUCUGAAAAGGAUAAGUAAGUGAUGUUUUAGCUGUUGUAGAGUAAUGUUUCUGGUGAAGUAGCAAUUGGUCCUUGCUUGCCCUUCAUCCAUCCAUGUUGUGAUGGUGCACUGUCCCUCAAAACUAUGCCACCAAAACCUCUGCCAUCCCUUAUUUUGCCUGUUUGGAAAUGUGUGUUUACUUUGGUUUUAAUGUAAGUGGGUAAGGUGAAGAAUGACCAUAGAUAUUGCAAAGACACACUCCCAAGUCUUGAGGGAAGAUCCUCAGGAAAUUCUCAUUGUAUUUGAUCAGAGACCAUAGCUGCUCAUUUUGGCUAACAAAUAGUGGCUGCAAUUUUUAUGAUAGUUCUUAAUGUUACCUUUUUUAUUCUUUUAUUAUUGGAGGUGAUAGGGGAGUGGGCAGGCUCCGAUAGGGAUUAGAGUUGGGGGAUGGGGCAUCCAAUGAUGAUUUUUUUUUUUUUUUUUUUUUUAAUGUUUACUCCACUGUAAAUAUAUUUUUUAUUUUGAUGUAAAGCCAAAAUGUGGUUAUUUGUUUUAAGAUGUAAAGUAGAAAAAUGCAUACUAAUGACAAAAAUAGGGGUGGGGUUCAGAAGUUUAGGUAUUUAAAGUACUACAGUGUGGGAUGGGCUAUUGUUACUUUGCCAGCUGGGUCAUCUGACGUGUGUGUGCGUGUGAGUGUGAGAGACAGAGACAGGACGUGAUACAAUGAAUCCCUGCGAAGAAUACAAGAUUCAUUUUGUCUUUACUUGUACUCAGAUGGUUUUUAUCUUUGUUCUCUAUUCUAUUUAUGUUAAACUGUUUUUUUGUCAGAAAUAACUUUCUGUUGUUUAUUCUUUCUUUUGUUUCAUUUCAUUGUCCUGCAACUUAUCAGAAUUACCUUGUUCAGGUCAGUUUUUUUUUUCUUUUUUUUUUUUGCCUAUCUCUUUGUUCUUCUGUUAUUCUUUGAAGGUUGUCUGUCCACCUCAUAAUACACAGGGCUUUCAAUAUUCCUUCUGCAAAAAUUUUAUGCUAAUAGUUUGAUGUCACCUUUGUAUUUUAACCUCCAGCAACCUUAAUGAUGUCAUUCAGAAGAAAACAAAGCUGAUGCAAUUGCAGGGAUGUGUAAAUAAAGUGUACUGUGUGUAAUUACCUUUGUACAGGCCACCAUGACCCAGUGGCAUUGUAACUCUUGGGUUGGGGAUGGUAUAGAAAAGGCUGAGGCGAUGGGGAUUUCACUUUAUGUAUUGUGUACUGAUAGCUUGUACAGUUCUUUAACACACUUUAUUUACAACAGUAUUUGUGUAUAUUUUAUGAAGUAAUAAAAAUGAAUAACGUUGCU